AUGUCUUCAGCCCCAAACGGAUUCAACCAUUAUGUUGAUGAUACUACAGAAUAUCAUGGUUUUGUUCCCAACUUCAAGAAUCAUAAUUCCAAAACAGCUAAAUCGAUGUUCACGGCCUCUGGUCACGUGAACCAUAGAGGUUUAUUCUCUUCAUCUCCUUCUUUUUCUUGCUACCAAAAUUCACAUGUCUCUUCUUCUUUUGGAUUGAAAACUUCACAUAUGAAGAGAGAAAGUGAUUUUGCUCUUGGUGCUGCUUUUUUUCCUGUUACAAAUAAUCCUCAAUUUUCUCAAGUCUCUUUCACCCAAACAAUUAGAAAUAGGUAUUAUGCUAUUUUUCCUACCAAUCAUAUUCCCAAUAUCCAAAAUGAUAUUGCACAUAUUCAACAUGGCAUGGAUUUUAGCACCAAUAUGUUGAAUCGUUCUACAUUUCAUCCUCCAGCGUUUCUUGAUAAGAAUUAUGGGAUCUUGAACCCUAAACCUUUGAAUGUCAUCCCUGACCAAAACUCUGCUUAUCGUCAGCAUCUGGACAUGUUUUAUUUGUCAUCAAAGCAUAAUCAUGACCUACAUGUUCAACAAUAUGGUCAAUCGUCAAGGAAAUGCCUUAAACCAACCAAACCUCAUGAAACAUGUAAUUAUUAUUACAAUCAUAAUAAAGGAAAGAGAAGUGAAGAUGUUCAAUAUGAUGGUCGGACACAUAGUUUGCCAUAUGAGAAAUACGGUCCAUAUACAUGUCCCAAGUGCAAUGGUGUGUUUGACACUUCACAGAAAUUUGCUGCACAUAUGUCAUCUCACUACAAGAAUGAGACGAACGAAGAAAGAGAUGAGAGGUAUCAUGCAAGGAUUAAAAAUAAAUAUCGCAAACUAAGCAACGAUAUCCAUGGUGGAUCUAAGAAGAUAAAACUGGAGGAGAUGGAUUAA